UUGAAAAAAAUAUUAUUUUUUCCGAAACGGAGGUAGUGUUAUGAAAGCGGGUCUAAUAUAAAGAUUCUAACCUAGGGGGACCAAACUCUAAUAUUCCCAUUCCCGUGACACGCCAAAAUAUAAGGUACUACGCGCUCAAAUUUCUCCGUCUGACAGUUUCAGCUUUUUUCUUUCUCUUACUCUAUUCCCCAAAAAUAAAUUUCAUUUCCAUUUUUUUUUUCUUUCUCAACAUUAUUUUUCUAGGGUUUCGUUUUCCCCCUUUCCCCUCUCGUCUGUUGAAGAAACCUGAAGUAGUUGUAGACGACGGCGAAGAAGAAGAGUUUUAGUGUGAAAUUGUAAGUACAAGAAGUAGUAGUGACUGGAAGUGAAGUUUGAGAAUGGCAUCAACUUCUGGUACUAAAGAAACUGACGAACCUUCUUCGUCUUUCUUCUUCUCCUGGUACUAAAGAUUUGAUAGAUCAUGUGUUUUCUUGGAGUAUUGAAGAUAUACUCAAUGAUGAUCUCUACAGAAAUAAGGUGGAAAGGAUACCUAAGCGUUUUGAGUCGGUACAACAUUAUCUUGGUUCUUAUACUAUGCCGUUGCUGGAAGAAACUCGAAUCGAGAUAUGUUCACAAAUGGAGUUUAUGUCAGGUGUACCUCACGCUGAAGUAAUCUCAGUAGAGGAGUCGAAGCUGGAUGGGGGGUCAUUCUUGUAUUAUAUCAAGAUCGACUCUUGGAGAAAUCGGUAUGGUGUAUGUGGCAAAGAACCUUACAGUCCAAAACCUUCGGAUCUGUUUCUUUUGGGUGAUAAUGUACCUGAAGUUGCUGCAGACUUGCAACGGUUUGGAAGCAGUUGGUCUUUGGCUUCAGUUGUAGAAGAUGUGAAAGAGUCCGAUUCUGUAGGGCACGAAGACAGACUUAUAUGCUUUCAGAUUAAGUCAUCAAAACCCAUAUAGAUAGAGAUGAAAGAGGGCAGGCGGAAAUCACUUUUUGUGGUGUUUCUUGUAAACUUGGCAACGAAUACUAGAACAUGGAAGGCGUUACAUAUGUCCCGAAACUUGAACCUCAUCAAGGAAAUUCUGUGUGCCAAUUCCAUGGUACAGGAAAAUUGCGGUCUCUGUUCUGCACAAGUUGACAGGACUUGGGCCGGAAAAGUUGAUUCACAAUCAUUACUGGCUCUUAAUAAAUCUCAAAGAUCAGCGGUCUUGGGUACUAUAUCUGCAGUGCACUGUAACCACAGUUCUUAGGGUGAAACUUGUUUGGGGUCCACCUGGGACAGGAAAAACCAAAACCAUCAGUAUACUACUGUAUAACUUGCAAAGUAUGAAUUAUAGAACUCUUGCUUGUGCCCAAAAAAUAUUGCAGUUGCUGAACUUGCGGUACGUGUGUUAAAACUUCACAAAGAUGCUUGUGAAUCAGACUUGCGAAAGAACAGGCCAGGUUGUUCAUUAGGGGACUUUCUCUUGUUUGGAAAUAUGAAUAGAUUGGAGUUAUAUGAUGUUCUUGGGAAGAUUUAUGUGGAUCAUCGUGUGGAUAGUCUUGUAGAUUGUUUUGCUCCAUUAACUGGUUGGAAGAAGCAUUUUGAUUCUAUGGUGGAUUUACUUGAAGAUUGUGUAACUCAGUAUCAUUUGCUUUUGGAGAAUGAAGUAAAUGCAGAGGUUCAUGUAAUGGAGAAAAGUGGAACUAAUUCUGAAGUCCACAUGUCACUUCUCAAGUUUGCGAGAGACCGAUUCAGAGCUUUAGUGGUACCCCUCAAAAGAAGCAUCAGAAUAUUAUGCACCCAUCUCCCUAAAAGACUUAUGCUGCCAGACAAUUUCGAAAAGAUGGUUACACUUUUUGGUUUGCUUGAUACUUUCGAAAAUCUGCUCUCUCAAACUCAGGUGGCUGACAAGGAAUUGGAAGAACUCUUUGCACGGCAAGAAAAUUAUUCUGAGGAGGCACAAGGGAGUAGAGCAUCUAAUUAUAUUUCAGACACAUUACACAACAUGAGAGUUGAAAUUGUGCAGGUUCUAAGAUCUGUUGGUCGUUCUCUCGGUGAUCAUCUUCCAAGUUCCACAGACAGAAGUUUUUUAACUGAGUUCUGUUUGAAAAAUUCAUCCCUCACUUUUUCCACAGUGUCAAGCUCAUAUAAUCUGCAUGAGGUAGACCUGGAACCACUAGAUCUUUUGGUAAUCGAUGAAGCUUCCCAGUUGAAAGAGUUUGAAUCAGUGAUUCCCAUGCAGCUUGAAGCUAUACGACAUGCUAUCCUAAUUGGUGAUGAGUGCCAUCCACAAGCUAUGGUCAAAAGCAGGGUGUCUGACGAAGCUGGCUUUGGAAGAAGUCUAUUUGAAAGGUUGGGUUUGUUUGGGCAUUCAGAGGACCUUCUCAACAUGCAAUACAGAAUGCAUCCUGCAAUAAGCUCUUUCCCUAAUCGCAAAUUUUACAAAGACCAGAUUAUAGAUGCUCCAAGUGUUCUUUGUGAAAAUUUUCGAAGAAAUUAUCUACAAGGACCUAUGUUUGGUCCCUACUCGUUCAUAAAUAUUUCUUAUGGAUGGGAGGAGCCAGAUGAAGCUGGGCAUGGUAUAAAAAAUAUGGUUGAAGUGGCAGUUGUAAUGGCAAUAGUACGAAACCUUUAUAAAGUGUGGGAAGGCUCAAAGCAUAGCUUAACCGUUGGUAUUAUAUCUCCAUACACUGCCCAAAUUCUGCAAUAGAGCAUAAAGUUCGUCCGAAAUAUGAGAAGCUGAAGGGUUUUAUAGUAAAGGUGAUGUCUGCAGAUGGAUUCUAUGGUGGCGAGGAAGAUGUCAUAGUAAUAUCUACUGUCGGGUUUAAUCAUAGUGGGGGAUCAGAUGGGUUCCUUUCUAAUCCGCAAUGUGCUAAUGUUGCUCUGACACGGGCUAGGCACUGCCUUUGGAUUUUGGGGAAUGACAAAAAGUUGUGUAAAAUUGGUUCUUUCUGGGAAGAAUUAUUAUGUGAUGCGAAGCAGCGGCAAUGUUUUUUUAAUGCUGAUGAAGAUGAAGAGCUAGUGAAAGCAAUGAUCAAGGCCAACAAAGAGCUUGAUCAGUUAGAUAAUUUACUUAAUGAAGAUAGUAUGCUUUUCAAAAGUGCAUUGUGGAAGGUCCUGUUCAGCAAUAACUUUAGGAAGUCAUUUGGGACGUUGAAGUCAUCACAAACACAAAAGUCCGUGGUUAAUCUAUUGGUUAAACUUUCCAAUGGCUGGCGUCCGAAGAAGGUUAAGGUUGAAGCUAUGUGUGCUAACUCAGUCCAGCUUGUAAAACAGUACAAGAUUGGUAGGCUUUACAUUAUUUCUAGCGUUGAUGUUGCAAAAAUAUUCAUGUUACACCCAAGUUUUAAAGAUAUGGGAUAUUUUACCUCCUGAGGAGAUACGUAAACUAGUGAAGAGUCUGAACAAAAUAUUUUAAAGACAGUUCAAGUGAAGGGGUGUCAGAUGGGAGAUGUUACAUUGAGAACUCAAAAGUGAGAGAUAGUCUAUUGCUUAUGAAAUUCUACUCCUUAUCAGCUGGUUUAGUGAACCAUUUGCUGUCGGGAAGUGAUGGAAAAGAGCUUGAUCUUCCUUUUGAAGUAACAGAUAAAGAGUCAGAUAUCAUUCUUUUCCCUAGAAGUACUUUCAUUCUUGGGAGGUCUGGAACAGGGAAAACCACUGUUUUGACAAUGAAAUUGUUCCAAAAGGAGCAGCAACACUACUUUUCUUCUAAAGGAUUUGUGGAAGCCAUGGGAGAUAUUUCUUUGAGUGCUCCAUCUGGGAGUGUGUGCAGAGUGGUUGGGGAUGAGACAAAAGGUAAUGUCUUACGGCAAUUGUUCGUCACAGUCAGCCCAAAACUAUGCUCUGCCGUUAAAAACCAAAUUUCUAACUUGAAAAGCUUUAUCAGCAAGGGCAAGGCCUCAGCAGAACACAGUUUCAUUGAAUUGCCUGAUGUCGAUGAUGCAGUUCAGUUUCGAGAUAUACCAGAUUCUCUUAAUGAAAUUCCACCUGAAAGUUAUCCACUGGUCAUAACAUUUCAGAAAUUUUUAAUGAUGCUUGAUGGAAGUAUGGGAAAUUCGUAUUUUGAUAGAUUUAGUGAGAUUAGGGAACUUUCACAAUUUAAAAUUGCAGCCUCAGGGUCAUUUGCUUUGCGUGCUCUUAUAAGAACAAAAGAGGUCAAUUAUGAAAGAUUCAACUCAAUUUACUGGCCUCAUUUUGAUUGCCAGAUGACCAAGAAGCUUGAUUCUUCUAUGGUUUUUAUUGAGAUAAUUUCACACAUAAAAGGUGGGCUAUUUGCUGGAAGGCUACCUGAUAAUAUACUUAGUCGGGAUGAUUACAUAUUACUAUCUGAGGGACGGGUGUCAUGCAUAAGCAGGGAAAGAAGGGAGAUGAUUUUAUGAUAUUUUCCUAGAAUACGAGAAGAAGAAAUUACUAAAUGAUGAGUUUGAUUUGGCUGAUUUUGUGAUUGACCUUCACUGUCGGCUGAGAACUGGUUGCUACAAGGGUGAGGAAAUGAAUUUUGUGUAUACUGAUGAAGUACAGGAUCUCACCAUGAGACAGAUUGGUCUUUUUAAAUAUAUUUGCAGAAAUUUUGUGGAAGGACUGGCGAUACUGCGCAAACUAUUGCUGGUGGGGUUGAUUUUAGAUUUCAGGAUGCAAGAUCUUUGUUCUACAACGAGUUUAUUUUGGAUUCAGGAAAUGAUGGCAUGGGAAAUGCAAAAGACAUGGAUCAAUCUCGCAUCUCAGACAUUUAUCAUUUGAAUCAAAAUUUCCGUACUCAUGCUGGUGUUCUCAACUUGUCACAGAGUGUGAUUGAACUUCUGCACAUAUUCUUCCCACACCACAUUGAUAAUUUAAGUCCCGAAACAAGCCUUAUUUAUGGGGCUGUACCAAUUUGGCUUGAAUAUGCAAAUGAUGACAACGCAAUUAUAACUAUUUUUGGCAAAAGCGGUGAAAAAGCUGGUAGGAGUACGAGUGGAUUUGGUGCAGAACAAGUUAUUUUGGUGCAUGAUGAUUCAGUGAGGAAAGAUAUUGCUGAACGUAUUGGAAAACAAGCGCUUGUUCUGACUAUAGCAGAAUGCAAGGGCUUAGAAUUUCAGGAUGUAUUGCUUUACAACUUUUUUGGAACAUCACCAUUAAAGCGUCAAUGCAGAGUUGUUUAUGGGCAUAUGAAGGAACAAAAUCUUCUCGACUCCAACGAUGUGAAAUUUCCAUAAUUUAGCAAGGCGAAACACCAAAUUCUCUGCUCUGAACUGAAGCAAUUGUAUGUUGCUAUCACUCGUACUAGGCAGAGAUUGUGGAUCUCUGAGAAUAUGAAUGAUUUUUCGAAGCCCAUGUUUGACUACUGGAAGAAGUUAUGUCUCGUUCAAGUGAGAGAACUUGAUGAAUCACUUGUUCAGGCAAUGCAGGUUAUGAGCGGCAAAGAGGAAAGGAGUUCACGCGGUAUCAAGUUACUGGAUGAAGGUAAUUACGAGAUGGCGACAUUGUGCUUUGAAAGAGCUGGUGAUUCAUUCUUGGAGAAACUUGCUAAGGCUGCUGGUCUUAGAGCUGCUGGUGUUCACGUGCUUGGUUCUAAUACUGAACUAGCUUCUGUUGCCCUUGUAGAGGCAGCUGAGAUUUAUGAAUCAGUUGGCAAGGCUGAUUUGGCUGCCAAAUGUUUCAUGGAGUUGAUUUCAAAAGAGCAGGUAUGAUUUAUUUGGAGAACUGUGGGGAAUCUAGGCUAGAAGAUGCUGGUGACUGUUUCAGUCUUGCUGGAUGUUGGUCUACUGCAGCUGAUGUGUAUUCUAGGUGUAACUGCUUUUCCAAGUGCUUGCUAGUUUGCACAAAUGGUAAUCUGUUUGAAACCGGUCUUCAGUUCAUAAAGUACUGGAAAGAAAGUUCAAGGCUAAACCCUGAUAUAACUAAAAGUCAAGAUCUGAUAGAUAUGGAACAAAGUUUUCUCAAGAGAUGUGCCCUUCACUAUCAUCAACAGAAUGAUACCAAUAAUAUGAUGAAGUUUAUCAAAGCCUUUAACUCGUUGGACAUGAUAAGAACUUUUUUGAGGUCUCAUGAUUAUCUUGAUGAGCUCGUCCACUUUGAAGCUGGGUCUGAAAAUUCUAUGGAAGCUGCCGCUGUUGCGAGAUUGAAAGGGGAUUGUCUUCUUGAGGCAGAUAUGUUAGAGAAGGCAGGGCAUUUAGAAGCUGCGGCAGAGGUCAUUCUGUUUUAUAGUCUUGGCAAUUCUCUUUGGGCAAAUGAAAACAAAGGUUGGCCCUUGAAAAAUUUCCCGAACAAAGAAAAACUGUUGGCAAAAGUUAAGUUGAUGGCAGAAAACAAAAAUGAUCCUUUUUAUGAAUUCGUUAGUACAGAGACGAGCAUAUUACCAGACGCCAGUAUUGGAUUAUCAGAAAUGAAAGACUGUUUUACUGCUUCACAAAGACUCAAGAGCCUGGGUGGUGAAAUUAUUUCUUUGAGGAAAAUUAUCGACUAUCAUCUAGAUCUAGCACCUUCAGAGUACAUUUGGGUUGAUGAUGUGGUCUUGACAACAAUGGAGCAUGUAGAGAAUUCAAUAUCCAAGAACAAGGUCUCCAUUGAAACAUUAACUUACUUUUGGAAUUUAUGGAAGGAAAAGAUAGUUAACAUAUUGAAUUAUCUUAAUUCUAUUGGAUAAACAAGACUUCGGAAGCUAUGAGAAUUUUUGUUUGGGUUACUUAGGUGUGUAUAAGCAGGAACAUAGCCAAAGUUCCAUAUGCAUUUUGCGGAACAGUGAUGCCUGUUGGAGAAAAGAAAUUGAGGAUCGACUUCUUCGAAAGACCAGAGACCACCUUGGCAUGAAUGAGCACCAAUUUGUGUCUUCUGCACGAAGCUAUUGGCUUUCUGCAUUACAUAGUGUCUGUAUGCACGUGUUGGAGAAGCUGGAAAGCCUCCAUAAAAUUUCUGGUAUGUUUAUGGUUGGUAAUCUUGUUUACCUGGACAUUAAUGGUCCUUUCCGACAAGGAAAAACUGCGCUCAACAGUUACCAAAUUGCAAAAUCAGUAAUUGAGUACAAGAUUUUGGAAAAAAAGUUUCCCGGGGAACUGCUCAAGUGCUUGGAACAUUCCAAGGAGCAUUUUUUGGCUUUAGUUAGUCGGAUGGAUCCGCAAAAUAUUGUGUUAAAAAAUAUGAUGGAUCUAAGACUAACUGAUCUCUCUAAGGAUUUAAUUAAAGAAGUCGCUAUUGCACAAAAGGCAGGUUAACGUAUGUGGAAAUGUGGAAUGUGGUCUUGCAGAUUUUUAUGUUCGGUAAUCUAAGUGAAGAACUUUAUCAAGUUAUAAUACAACGUUCAGAUCUGUCUCCAGCUUAUAAAGAUUUCAUUAAGCAGUUGAAAGAGAGCAAGAUAUCAGGAUUAGCUCGAUUUCUUUGGUCAGCAAUUUUGAAAAAUCAUUACAAGAAAUAUUCAAUUACGACUGGGUGAAAGACCUUGAUGUCAUAUCACCUUCCUGGUUUGUUUAUUUUCUUGAACGUCUUCUUUUCUUGGUUUCAUCAUGGCAUAGUUGUUUUUUCACAGUAAAAUCUUCUGUCUGCGAAACAAUUCCCUGGUGGAAUCUAAGAUGCAAUUCGAGCUCUUUAUCAGUAGCUGACUCGAAAGUUUUCUUGACGAGGUCUUUCGAUUUUAUAGCUCCAAGAUCAAAGAAAUUUUUUCAAGAAAGUUAGAUUGGCUUUGGGUGAUUGGUUCUGACAGAGUGACUGCUUACCCUUUUCUAGUCUUGAAGUUGGUUGUCUUGGUUGCUUUAAUUUGUUUGAAUUCUGGACAUCACUUCGAUUUGCUGUACAGUCUACUCCGUAGGUACGAUAUAAAAAACGUAUUCCCGCCUGGGUUUGUUAAAAUCCUCAAGGAAAGAGGCAAAAUGCCUUUUGAUAAGUUGCUUGCUGAAUCCCUUGAAACAUUUGGGGAUCCUUUGGUCUGUUUGAGGUCAGGAGAUAUUCAGAGAGAAUGUUCGAGCCACAAUGUCAUUGAGAUAGAUGUGGGUUUGAUUCACUCCAGAGAAGACAUGAUGGGAAUACUAUAUCCAAACAACUCAGAAUGCGACAGAAAUGAUAAAAUGGAAAAUGGAAGUCCAAGUGAUGGGAAUGUUUCUUUCCCCAAUAUUGACCAUACGAGUUGUGCCAAAUGUCUAACCGAGCCUGAUGAUGAUAUGCCUAAUUACACUAUAGAAAUGGCAGAAUUAGAGACUGAAGAAGAGAAACUCGAUGUUGAGAGUUUCGGGCAGUUGUUUAGGAAUGUAUCCCGUGUUUAUAUGUUUUCGAAAAGAAUUUUUUGGGGCACCGACUUUCAGACUUGCAAACCACAGAUAAAGUUGGAUAUUGUCAUUCGUCUUCUAGGAACUAUUCAUCCAUUUCGUAAAGAUGAACUAU